CUGAGCCGAUUCAAAAUAAUGCACCAGCCGAAGCUUCAAAAGAUGGUGCAUGACAUCAAGAAAAAUGAAAGUGGGAUAAUAAACAAGUUCAAAAAGUUCCAAAAUGAACAAGUGGCCUUAAUUUGCAAAACUGGGAAAGAUACUUGGGAUCGCCUUAAAAAAAAGCCACCACCAAGUCUACCACAAAGGGAUUAUGCUACAGAACAUGCAGACAAUGAAGAGGAACAAUGGUCAGAUGAUUUUGACAGUGAUUAUGAAAAUCCAGAUGACCACUCUGACUCUGAGAUGUAUGUGGUCCCCAGUGAAGAGAAUCCUGAUGACAGCUAUGAGCCACCUCCAAGUGAGAAGGAGAAAAAGAAGAUUCCCUCUGCUUUUCCUAUUUCUAGGGGUGAAUAUGCAGACAAUCGCACCAGUCACCAGCAGCUUCCUCCCAUCAACAAACCUCUUCCAAGUACACCCAGUCCAGCCAUGUCCAGACCAAAGAAACCAUGUGUGCCAUCCCUGCCACUGCCGUCUCCUGCUGCAAAACCAAAAGUACCACCAAAGCCUAAGGAGUGUAGUGAUGAUGAGGAUAAUUACAUUGUGCCAGUGGACAAUGAUGACGAUAACUAUAUUGAACCCACAGAAAGCAGCAUGUCACUACCUACAAAAUCUCCUGGGAACAGAUUUAUGAAGACAACAAAGCCAGGCCCCCCUACUUCUCCAAAGCCUUCUCUUACUUCUGAUAUGCAAGAAGUCUAUGAGGUUCCUGAAGAAGAGGAAAAACCAUCACCACCACCACCACCGGUAGCCAGGUUCACUAAGCCACUUCUGUCUAUACCUGCCAAGAAUACAGAGCACUCCCACAUGCACAGUAUGACCAGAGAACCACCUAAACAGGAGACUUGCAGAAAUAUUUUGCCUCUUCCCAGAAGUCGUCUUCAUCCAAAACCAGACCAUGAAGCAAACAAUAAUGAUGAGAGUCAGAGAUUCAAUAACACACAAGAAUCCAGAUUUCUGCCUGGAGCAACUCCAUCUCCAUUACCAAGGGGCCUCAAGAAAACUUCUAAUGUGGUAAAUUCACCAAAACCAUGUUUACCGUCCAGAGAGAUCUUAACUGCAAAUGAAGAAAAACCUACAGCAGCAGAACGACGACGAAGUUCCAACCAAGAGCUUCCACUUCCACCCCUUCCAAGUGGUGCACAGAAGCCUCUGCUCCAAAAGUUCUCAAUUCUGCCAAAAGUGCCAGAAGCUGCAAACCGUUCUCUGGGCCCUUCCCCUCAAAGCAGCACUUCAUCUAUCGCAAGUUCUGCAGACCAGGAUGCUGGUGUUCACAGUAAAGCAUGGUAUGCUGCUACCUGUGAUAGGAAAAUGGCAGAAGAUGCUUUGUACCGAUCAAACAAGGACGGAUCUUUUCUAAUAAGAAAGAGUUCUGGACAGGACUCACAGCAACCAUACACACUGGUUGUGUUUUACAACAGAAGAGUGUACAACAUUCCUAUACGAUUUAUUGAAUCAACAAGACAAUAUGCACUGGGCAGAGAAAAAAGUGGUGAAGAGCGCUUUGACAGUGUUGCUGAAAUAGUAGAGAAUCAUCAGCGCACCUCCCUGGUUCUAAUUGACAGCCAAAACAACACAAAAGACUCAACAAAACUGAAACACAUUGUAAGAGUUUCUUAAUCAAACUGAACUGCUAAAAUGAAGUCUUCUUUAAUCAUUUCUUUCAACAUCUGAAGACAUGGACAAGGUAUUAAAAGAAGAAAAUCCAAAAUAAUGCAAAACUUUAAGAGCACCUACUGAGUAGUAAGAGAUGCAGUUCAUAGAGUUCAACCCCACAUCACUUUUAUCAGAAAAGUGUUCACUUUUAACACAAGAAGCCAAAGCAGAUGUACUCUCAUCUGUGAUCUCCAUCUGGGACAACACAGGUAUCCAAAGUCAAGCGAAGAACAACUGCAUAUCACAGCCUGGUCCUUUGACUGCUAUUUAAAGACAAAUAACCUGUAGGACAUUUUCAUUUUUAAAACAAGAAUACUCACUGCUUUUUCAAUUUGUUUACCACAGAUCACUGCUUUCAGGAAUUUCUUUGUAAAAUGCACAGCCCCAGAAAUUAGACCGAAUCGACCUAAUGUACCACCGUGCACAAGUUGAAAAUAGGACUGUAUUUUAUGUGAUCAGUAGCAGCAGAGGUGCCUGAAUGUUACAGAUUAAUGGACAUGUGUUGUCCUUUCCCUCAGCUUUACCCUGUUUCAUUGAUAUUUUUGUUUAUAUUUUCAAAUGUGCAAAUAAAAUAAAAAAUAUUGUAAAGUUGGUAGUGUAUAGACAUUGCUGGAUCUCAUCUCUUGGUAUCUUUCCAGCAAGAAAGCAUCAAUUCACUAUUGUUGAUGUUUUAAUGUAUAUAUUUGUAUGUGCUCCUUCACGAGUUGUUACGAAAACCAUCCCUUUUUACAGCUUUUGCAUGUAUUAUAUAUUUGGCUUAAUGGCUCUCAAAUCGUUUGUCUUCAGAUUAUCUACUGUUGGUGACUCAAGUGCACUGCUUCAUUGCUAAAGUAAUUAGCCACUCAAUUCUUGCAGAAUUAUUGUUUAUGGACACACACACAAAAACCCACUCGCUUUUUCAGGCCUGUUCUAUCACCAUGCUUCACUUAUUGUAUUAUUGUGUGAACCAAGUAAAUUUGCACAAUGUUCAAGGGGUAAAAAUUAAUUUGAUGAAUGUAUAAAUUGCAUCAAUGAAAAACUUUUAGGAACAGUUGUUAAUUAGUUCUAGAGAUGUUUGAUUUCACUGGACCUGAAAACUCAUCCAUCUUAAAGGUAUUUUCCAAAACUGUCACUUUAUACUCACGUUUUGUUCUUUUUGUUCCAGGUUAGGCAGUGUUUUCUAGGAUUAUCUGCAAGGCAUUUAAGGCAAAAUUGAGUCAAGACUUGUUAAAGUCCCAGCAAGUCACUUAGAGCCAUAUUGUAGCUGUAUUCUGCAAUUACCUUCUUGUGCCUUCGAUCAGUUACUUCUACAAGUAAUGCACCUGUCUUCUAGAAAGAACUGCAUGCUAGUAUGAUGUUCAGCAUCUCAGUGUCUUCCCUCUGCAACCCAG